AUGUCUAGCAAGUUGGUGAUUGGAUACACCGACGGUAGUGUUGCAUGUGUCGACGUCCACAGUGGGAAGUUCAUCAACCGCACAGCCGGGACGGAGUCGGGCGCUUCUAUCACGACUUUGGAGGGGCAGGGAGGGGCGGCGAAAUGUGUGUUCGCUGGGUUUUCUGACGGCAGUAUGAAAGCGAUUGAUGUUGAUGCCAAUGUGGUAGCGGGUGGAGGUAAGGAAGGCCUGACGGCUAUGACGGGGUUAGCUGCGGAGAAGUGGGAGGUCACUAGCAGUUCGGUAGACGGCUUUGUGAGGUUUUGGGAUAUGCGUCGAUUGUUGAGGUCUACUAGUGAGAGUUUGAGUAUGGAAUCAAUGGGGGAGAAUAAAGAUAUGUUGGUGGUCCCGCGGCAGAGCAUCCGACUGCGUAAUUUUGAGGAGGCGGAGGUUGGUGGAGUCUGUCCGGAAACGGUCGGACAUGUGGACGCGAGCAGUCGGUUGGGAAUUGACUCGAUUCUUUCCUGUGCGCAGUACACUCGAGAGCAUGUACAAGGGAAUUAUGAAUUUGUUAGUUAUAAUAGAGGAAAUACUACCUGUAUGUGGAGCAACUCUUGCGAGUGCGUUGCACUGGGGGAGUGCCCUUCUGGUGACCCUGAGGGUGGUUGGAAGAGUGCACUAAUAGUGCGUCUAUUGGACACCGACUUAGCCGACAAGCCGGUCCGUUACGAAAGGAAGCCUCACAUAGCCGGAGGGGAUCCGGUCUCGACAGAGGACUCUGGAAUAGAGUACGCCGCGCUCGCCCCGGUGAUCGAUGGAGAUGUUAGGAUGGUUGGAUCUCCAGGGCUCACAGCGAAGAGUGAAGGCGGACAGAUGCUGAUGUCGAAUGACGCGACCAACUUGAUAGAUGUGGCUACCGAUUGCUCUCACGGCAAUGUGAUCGAAUUCCUGCAGAAUUUUAAGGAAUCUUGUUCGAUGCGGGCGAUUGUGAGAUUUGCCCGAAUGGCUACUGUCGCGUUCGGCAUUACCAUUAUUCUAUUAUCUUGGUUGGCCUUCGGCUGUACGUCGGGAUACAGAAGGAAGCUCCGCCGUGAUGCUAAGGCGAGUAGAGAAAGAUUAGAGGCCUUGCGGGCGAAUAUUCCGACUAAAGUCGAAGCAGGAAAAGCGGCGUCUCCUCAGCAGAGUGAUGAUGGUGUUGGCGGCGGUGAUGAUGGUGGCGGUGGAUCGGUGGAAGAAUCUUCGGAGGGCUCCUCUUCUGAAUAUGAUUAUAGUGAUGAGGAGGAUUACAGUGAUUAUUCCAGUGAGGAGGACAGCGAAGAAGAGGGAGAGUCGGAAGAAGAGGAGGGAGGCUCCGGCGAGGGGUGA